AUGGCAUCAGACUCACCGAGCCUCGAGGCUCGCGAGCUGAGUCUCGUAGGCAAGGUCGAGUUUCGAAUCGCCAUGGCCGAUUCAGAUGAGAAACUUCAGUCCUUACUGAUGACAUAUCUACCGCCGUUACUUCUGAAGUUAUCAUCAGAAAGUGUCGCGGUACGCAACAAGGUCAUUUCUGUUUGCCAGCAUGUCAACACCCGAGUCAAGAACCCUUCGAUUCAAUUGCCCGUAGCGGCCCUGUUGAAGCAGUUCAAGGAACAAAAGUCACAGCUAAUUCGUCACUUUGACCUGAUAUAUGCUCAACAAGGUAUAGACCGCCUAGGGACUGAGGCGAGAAUUGACAUCCUGCUUCCUUUACUACAAGGGAUUGCGCAGAUUGGUACUUCCCCUUCACAGGGUGCUAUUGUGUUCAAUCUUGUUUUACGACUAUUGCCACUAUUCAAGAUUCCACCCAAGGGCAGUGAAGAGGACCAAAAGCUCAAAGAACGUCUGGGCCUCUCGGAUGAGGAUACGCGAUUCCUUUCUUUUUGGCUGACAAAGCUGCUCUUGUUCUCCCCGGCCGCAACUGAUGCACAGACAUGUUCAGGCUUGUCGCCUGAAGAGUAUCGAUUCCUGACUAAGGAUUCUCCUGCGACGGAGACUUGGAACCCUGCGUCGCCGGGCGGGUUGAACCUGACGGAGACCAAAGUGAUCGCUCUUCGGUUCCUUGGAAGUGGGGCCUUUGCCGACUCGCAGCGAUUCCUGCCUUCAUUGAUUGCCACGGCAGACGCCAAUUCACGACUUGCUGACCUGGGUGAUGAGACUUUGAAACGCUUUGCCGUCGAUCUUGAGGACCCCUCCGUUGUGGAGCAGCUCUACGAUCUCUACUUUGGCACGGGGGAUGCGCAGGGAGCCCCGCCUGUCCGCCCACCUUUGCAAAACGCAAAUUUUUACGUUCACCACCUGGGUCGUCCGGAUGGGAUCCCCGUCAGCCCUGAAGCAAAUUGCCCCAAGCUCAUCGCUGGGUUGAGAGACUUUAUCCAGUCUCAAGGGUGGCCGAGUCCCGGCGCCAGUGGGCAGAGGCUUCCUGCGACUGAUUUGAGCCUGCGAGGCCUUGCGUACGAAAGUAUCGGUAUCCUGGUACCCAAAGUCGACUUUCAGCUUCGUGACGAAACUGGAGAGAACUUUGAAUUUGACUUGAUUCGAUGGUUGUUCACGUCUCUCGCUUCAGAUGAUUCCAGUCCCCAAAUCUUUGUGAGCAUUGACCAAGCUUUGGGCAGUAUCUUGAACUCGUCCUUGGACAGUCACAAUGUAGAGUUCCAGGAGCAACUGCGCCCAUUCCUUGUGAGCCAAAUGCGUUUGUAUCCGGGGAGCACUGACCCGGAUACUGGCUUCGACAUUGUUCGAGGCGUGCAAUAUGCUGCCGUACGACUCGCGAAUCGAUUCCUUCCAUACAGCGAUGUGGUAGCCCGCUGGGUCGAUCUCAUGGCAGUGGCGCAAGGAGCAGACAGACAGCAGGAGAUUGCGGAAGAAGGGACGAAGGGUCUUCACCCAUAUUGGUUCCGGUUGCUCAACCCUGCAAAGGACAAAAAGUGGGAGGUUGAUCGGGAGACUUCCAAGCAAACUGUGGAAGCAUGGUUUGAAUUUCCAAAAUUUGCCGACGCAACCCGAUUCCUUUUGGGUGCAACUGAGGAGAAUCCAGCUUCUAGUGUCCAGGACGUUGCACAGCCUCAGCUGCUGUCGGGUCCUUAUCAACGAGCUUUGGUCCCGGCCGUGGCUUUUCUCCGAAAUACGCUUCUCUCCGAGUCAUUUCAUGCAGCAGGGAUUUCGACCGAACUUGGCCAAGACUGGGAUUACAAGCUGGAAGUCGAGCUCUCAUCCAGUAAAGAUGCACGUGAUGCCGUGCGUCAAUACAUCCGCAACUCUGCGAGAGAGCCAGUUAUCUUGUUCCUCUCUGGAAUUCUUCAAGGACUUUCUAAAGAAGGACUUACAGGACUGCGUCAGUGUGGUCUCAAUUUUGUGGAGAUUUGCGCGUUGUCGCCAAACGACGUGGUCGAGAAGCUUCUCCCUUUCUCCCAGCAUUUGACGAAAGCUGUGUUCAGCAACAACCAGGAUGUUCAGGGUUUCGCCGCCAGAGCUUUUGGAAUUCUUGUGUCUCAUCCUUCUUUCGACGAAAUGAGGCUCAACGCGUAUGUUACUGAGAUGGCCAGUACGAUCGAGACCUGGAACUCUGCUAUUGGUGAGGCCGCGCUCCGCGUUCGCGGCGCAAUUAUGGCUUUAUCCUCUCUGCUUAGUCGGCUCGCAUAUCGGAAGCUCCUCAAUCGGAUCUCUGAAUCACAGGUCAAGCAACACAUCGACACAAUCAUUGACAUCAUCGGUGCUUCGCGGGAUACUCUGCUUCAGCGAACUGCUGAGGCUGCAAUUGGCCAGCUGAGUUUAUCCGGCAUCAUCUCAGUGCAGACGCUACCGGAAGAUGGCUGGAAAGAGCUUCUCAUCAAGCUGGCAACCGAUGCGAAAUCGGAAAACAACACCCCUAUCUCCACGCUUGGUCUUUUGACAAUAACUUUUUCUCGAUCCCAGCCUGGAGCUCCCGUGUUUGGUGAAUUCCUCGAUUCACUCUACAAGCUUCAUGAGAUCAAGAGUCCGGAAGUGCAGUUCACAGUUGGCGAAGCCUUGAGUAACGUGGCGACUGGAUGGGACUCACGGGCUUUGAUUCAGGAGUUUGACGUAGAUGCGGAAUUCCCUCGCUUAGAGGUACCCCGUUCAGUGUUUACCGAUGUGUGUGACAAGCUCAUCACGGACUGCCGUGCCUCCAAACCCUCUCUCCGGAAGGCGUCGGCAAUCUGGCUUCUGUCCCUCGUGAAGAAUUGCGGCCAUCUUCCGGAAAUGCAGGCACGCCUGCGCCAGUGUCAAGCCACCUUCACCAGCUUGCUAGGGAGUCGCGACGAAGUUGUACAGGAGACUGGUGCCCAUGGUCUCAGUCUCGUCUACGAAAUCGGCGACCAAUCCUUAAAGGACGACCUCGUCCGCGACUUGGUGGACUCUUUCACAGCAACGGGGUCCAACCUUGGCGGUGGGAAUGUCAGUGGAGACACACAACUGUUUGAGCCCGGAGCUUUGCCAACCGGCGAAGGGUCUUCGGUAAAUACCUACAAGGAUAUCAUGAACCUGGCUGCUGAGGCCGGUGAUCCAACGCUUGUCUACCGAUUCAUGUCCAUGGCAUCCAACAAUGCCUUGUGGACAAACCGUGCUGCAUUCGGUCGGUUUGGGAUCAGUACAAUCUUCUCUGACUCCAGCGUUGAUGGGUAUCUGGCUAAGAACCCCAAAAUCUAUCCGAAACUCUUCCGCUACCGAUUUGACCCCAAUCCCAAUGUGCAACGAUCGAUGAAUUCCAUCUGGCAAGCCCUUGUCAAGGAUCCGACCGUGGUGGUCGACACGUAUUUUGAUCAAAUUAUGGAGGACCUGCUCAAGAGCAUGCUUUCGGGGCGCGAGUGGCGUGUCCGUCAGGCCAGUUGCGUCGCGGUGGCUGACCUGGUGUCCGGGCGGCGGCCCGAAAAAUAUGCCCAAUAUCUUGAUGAAAUCUACAGUCGAGCUUUUAAGCUCCUGGAUGACAUUAAAGAGUCCGUGCGAACGGCUGCCCUGAAACUAUGCCAAACCAUCACCAAUUCGGUAAUCCGCACGCUAGAGACUAACGGCUCCGAGAAACGGGCUGGAAUCCUUCUCGGUAGCGCUGUCCCUUUCUUGCUUAGCGACAAAGGCUUGGAUUCCAGCGUAGAGGAAGUGCGUGGGUUCGCGAUCGGGGCGCUUGUGCAGAUCAUCAAAAAGAGCCCCGGCACAUUGCUCCAUCCGUUUAUCCCAAGUAUUCUGGAGAAAUUCCUCAGCUCGCUCAGUUCCUUGGAACCCCAAGCUGUCAAUUAUGUCCAUCUCAACGCCGACAAGUACGGCCUGACCGGCCAAGACAUUGACAAGAUGCGCUUGUCGAGCAUCCGCACCUCUCCCAUGAUGGAGGUCAUCGAGCGACACUUGCUCGACCACCUAGACGAGAACAGUGUCAAGGACCUAGCGCCCAAGCUGGAGAAUACCCUUCGCACUGCCGUCGGCCUUCCUUCGAAAGUGGGCUGCAGCCGUGUUUUGGUGCUACUGAGUAUGAAGACCUUGCUCUUCCGCCCUUAUGCUGAUCGGUUUAUUCAACUGUUGAGCAAAUACGUCGUUGAUCGAAAUGAGACUGUCAGCGCCUCCUACUGCACGUCCAUGGGAUAUCUCUUACGACUGGCCUCUGAUGACCAAGUUCUGAAGACGAUCGAGUACGCUAAGAAUCUCUAUCUCAACGGAGAGGAUGUGACACCUCGAAAUAUCGCGGCGGAAAUUCUCUACUCGGCCUCCAAGCUCUCCAACGAUCGCUUCAUGGCCUUUGCUACGGCUGCACUCCCAUUCGUCUUCAUGUGCAAACACGACGCGGAUGAACAUGUCAAGGAAGAGUUUGACAAGGUCUGGCAAGACAACGUGGGUGGCAAUCGGGCCGUCUCGCUCUACCUUCGCGAGAUCGUUGGCCUGGUUGCUGAGAACUUGGACUCUGCGCGGUGGGCAAUCAAGCACACGGCCGCACGAGCGAUCGCUCAAGCGGUGUUGUCCUUGGACGGCGAGCUGGAUCUUGCGACCGCACAGUUUGUCUGGCCGGUUCUGGAGAAAGCCUUGUCGGGGAAAACCUGGGAGGGAAAAGAAGUGGUUCUAAAGGCACUCGUGAAGUUCGCGCGCUCCGGUCGGGUACUCUGGGCGGCACAAGCAGACCUGGCCACUUUGCUCGAGACUAUCGCCGUGCGUGAAGCGAAGCGAAAUAAUGCCGCAUAUCGGCCUCAUGGGCUGCGAGCCUUGGGCCAAAUUGCGCAAGCGCGGGACGUCGACCUGACGGCUCGCGCUCUUGCGAUUGUAGUCCCCGUGAUCGAUGAGAUCGUGGAGGAAAAUGAUCAGGAUGGAGAUAACAUGGACAUUGACGGCAAGGGACCGGAUUCAUCCGAGACAUUGGCUGCAGGCAUCGAAUGUCUGCUGCAGUGUCUCAACCCCACCGCGGCAGAGCCCAGAGUGCUGGGAGAAUACGUGCAACAGGUGAUCCGUCCGUUGGACCAGGCAAUGACCCACGGGGCUCGCCAGGUUGUCAGCACGGUCUAUCAGGAGCUCCAAGCGUUUUUCACGCGAGUGCAGAAGUGGUCGGGCGCCGCGGAGGCUGCGUCCGGAUCCGCGGUCGAGUCGGAUUCUGCGUUGGCAUCGGCACUGGCAGCGCCCAUGCGAUCGAUGGCAUCGUUGCUUCUCCGCGACAGUGAUGCGGUGGAAAUGGUGCGCAAGGCUCGCGCCGAGGCCAUUCUGGCAUAUCUCACGGUUCGGCCGAGGGUUCGGGGCCCGCCAGAGGCGCAGCUGAAGGAGUCCCUCCGGGGAUGGAGGACGAAUGAGCGAUCGAGUGUGGUGCAACGUCUUCUGGAUGAGGCCUUGACGUUGACCAGCUGA